CGGCGGAACAGAGGCAGUCAGCAUCGUCGCAGCAGCGCUUACAACAAGAGCGGCUCUCGGGCUUUGUUUUGUGGACGUGAAUGAGCUCCAUCACCUCCUUCAGAAAUGUGGACGGAUAUAAGGACGUUGUUACUUUUUCAGUCGUUAGUCCUGAGGCUUCAUUUCUCGGAAGCAACGGAUGAGUGUGAGGAUGGACAGUUUCAGUGCAACAACAAAAGGUGUAUACCGAUCAUCUGGAGGUGCGACGACGAUGACGACUGCUCAGACAACAGUGAUGAAGACAACUGCCCCAGGAAGACGUGCGCCCCCGCAGAGUUCGCCUGCUUAAAUGGCCAGUGUGUCCCGGGACGUUGGCGAUGCGACGGGGAACCAGAGUGUCCCGAUGGCUCUGAUGAGGCAGAGGAGACAUGCAGCAAACAGACUUGCCCUCCAGAGAAAUUUGACUGUGGGGGAUCCACCAACAAGUGUGUCUCAUUGUCAUGGAGAUGCGACGGGGAGAAGGAUUGCGAGAACGGGGCGGAUGAAGAGGACUGCGCGUCUGAUGCCAAAGCCUGUCCCAGUGGUGAGUUCAUGUGUUCCAACCGCAAGUGUUUGGCCACAGUCUACGUGUGUGACGGUGACGACGACUGUGGAGAUGGCAGCGAUGAGCUCAAGUGUACUUCCCCUCUGACCUGUGGACCCAACCAUCUGCGCUGUAACACUUCGGAGUGUGUGCCGCUCAUGUGGAGCUGCGAUGGAGAUCCGGACUGCUCUGACAGUUCGGAUGAGGGGCCGGAGCGCUGCGGUGGUGACGGGGUCCCAUACCUGCCUAACCGCCGGACAAACUGCACUGCUGGGGAAUUUCGCUGUGCCAAUGGAGAGUGUGUGCGGCUGACGUGGAAGUGUGAUGGGGAUCCAGACUGCAAGGACAAGUCUGAUGAGUCCGACUGCCCCUUGCUGACAUGUCGUCCAGAUGAGUUCCAGUGUGGUGACGGUUCCUGCAUUCACGGCACCAAGCAGUGUAACAAGGUCCAUGACUGUCCUGACCACAGCGAUGAAUCUGGCUGUGUCAAUGCCACCAAAUGCGAGGGACCCCUGAAGUUCCUGUGCAAAAAUGGAGAGUGCAUUGAUAGCUCCAAGGUGUGUGACUCUGUCAAGGACUGCAAGGACCGAUCAGAUGAGCCUAAGAAAGAGUGCGGGCUGAAUGAGUGUAUGAUCAACAACGGCGGCUGCUCCCAUGUCUGCAUGGACCGACCAAUCGGCUUUGAGUGCCAGUGCCCCACUGGCUACCAGCUACUGGACAAAAAGACUUGUGGCGACAUUGAUGAGUGUGAGAACCCUGACGCUUGUAGCCAGAUCUGCAUCAACUACAAGGGGGAUUUUAAAUGUGAAUGCUAUGAAGGUUAUGAGAUGGACCCUGUUACUAAGACCUGCAAGGCAGAAGGGAAGAGUCCUUACUUGCUGUUCACCAAUCGUCAUGAGAUCCGACGCAUCGACCUGGUGAAGAGGGACUACAACCAAGUGGUGUCCACCCAGAAGAAUGCUGUGGCCCUGGACCUGGACGUGGCCAACAACCGUAUCUUCUGGUGUGACCGCUUUCACCGGAAAAUAUACAGUGCCUUCAUCCAUGAGGCCAGUGACCCCUCCCAGCAGGUGCCACUGGUGGAUUCGCUGCAGGCCCCCGUGGGUCUGGCUCUGGACUGGCUCCAACACAACCUGUACUGGACAGACUCAGGAGACAAGUCCAUCUCUGUGGCCUCAGUGGACGCCACCAAGAGACGCGUCCUCAUCAACACCGACCUGAGUGAACCCCGGGCCAUAGCGCUGGAUCCCCACCACGGCUUUAUGUACUGGUCAGACUGGGGCACGCGAGCCAAGAUAGAGAAAGCCGGGAUGAAUGGAGUGGACCGACAGGUGCUGGUAGCUGAUAACAUUGAAUGGCCCAAUGGCAUCACUCUAGAUGUAGCCAACAGGCGUCUGUACUGGGUGGAUUCAAAGCUUCACCUUAUAGCCAGCGUGGACCUGAACGGAGCUCACAGAAGGACGCAUAUGUCGUCUGCAGAGAGACUGGGUCACCCCUACGCUCUGGCUGUUUUUGAGGAUCGUAUCUACUGGACAGACAGGGACAGGGCAGCGGUCUUCAUGGCCAACAGGCUGACCGGACAGGACAUCCACACGCUGGCGGAAAACCUCAACGACCCCCAUGACAUUGUGGUCUUCCACCAGCUCCUACAGCCGCAAGGCCCAGACAGUUGUAAUCUGGGCAGUGUGGCCAAUGGAGGCUGUGAGUACUUGUGUCUUAAGGCUCCACAGAUUACCGAACACUCGCCCAAAUACACCUGCGCCUGCCCUGACGGACAGGACCUGGGGCCUGAUAUGAGGGGCUGUGUGCCAGGAGCACCAAGAAGCGACAUGACGCCGACAUCCUCACCUCCUACUGGAUUUACACCUGGCACCAGAGCCACAGUUGCAGAAGACUUCCCCCCUCCCUCAGGGGCAGUAUCACAGGCAGACGCCACCCCCCACCUGACCACAGCUCCCUCUGGUGCCCCUGAUCCACUCACACCACUCUCCACUCUUAAGCCUAUGUCAUCACAAGAGUCAAAGGCACUGGGCUCCCACUCCACCGCCACCGCGAUGGUCUUCCCCACCACUCCUGCGGGGGACAGCAGCGUCUCUCAGCACUCUGGAAGCGAGCAUUUCCUCCUGGGCGAGAACCUGACAGUGGCUGUUUUGGGAGUGGUCAUCCCCAUUGUUCCUAUCAUUGCCACAGUGGUGUUCGGCCUGGUGUGCGCUGGAGUCUACCUGGUGUGGCGUAACUGGAGGCGUAACUCCACCAAGAGCAUGAACUUCGACAACCCCGUCUACCGCAAAACCACUGGCGAGGGCGAGGAGGACGAGAUCCACAUCGGGCGGACUGAUGGCAUGGGACAUCACACGCACCACCACCCGUACCCGCAGGGCGUCAACAUGGGAGUAGUAGGAGCAGGAGGUGGCACCUGCCCACAGUUCAUCGCCCUACCACUCGGGGGCAGCAUGCCCGAUCCAGGGACUCACUGGUACACAGAGCAGCCAAUGCUCUCCACUGCAAAGUGACCCUCAAGAGCGGAUUCCAGGGGAAGAUGGCCGCUCAGGCACACGCACACACAGUGAGGUCAGGAGCGACUGGGACUGAGUUUGCAGAAGGGACGAACAACAUAUCAUCAAGUGUUACAUGCAGCCAUUCACAGCCAAUGUCCUAUGCCAAUUUCCAUUUGAAAAACAGCAGAAUUAAUAAGACAUGAUUCUUUAGAAAAUUGUUUCAUACCUUUUCUGUGAUGGAGCUGGAUCUACUUUUUCUCCAGUAAAUGUUGAGGAUUAAUUACAGGAUUAUUAAUGUGUUAUAAUGUGUUCUCAGCAUUGACCUUAACUGGAAUAUGGAGUCAGACUGGUUCCUGUUUUGAGUCUUUUGCAUUGAGAUGACUGAGUGCGGUGCGUGCUGUGUGUCUUAUAGUUUGUGACGGGGGCCAGCAAGAGGUUCUCUUUUUGUCCUUUGAUGUAUUAAUUUGGGAUUUUUGUUAUUCCUGGUGGGCCGUUGAGCUCUGGGAACACUGUUUAGGAAGGAGUGCAGAAACUGGGACAGCAUCUGCGUUGAUGGGACAAUCUGUACAGAUUCGUGUUAGAAUCGAUCACAAUGUCAUGUCAUAACGGCCAAUACUGGAGCUGUCUUUUGCAGUUAACAUUUUCCUGGAUGGGCUUUCUUUUGUAAGAUUUUUCUUUUCUUCUUAAGCUUUUAAAGAACAGUUACCACCCACAUUAUGUGCUUUCUCUCUGGUUCAGAGGCAAAGGGUUAGUUGUCUAACAUUUCACAGUGCAGCUGAACUCUGUUGAUUUGGGGGGUUAUGUUUAUUUGACCUCCCAGAGAGUGCAGCAGUGUUGCAGACUGAAAGAAAGAAGAAGAAAAUGGAGUUAUACAGUAUUUAGAUAUUUGUUUUGUAUAAGCAGACAGGCUGGAAGGUUAGGGAGAGUUGUCUUCUUUAUUGUGACUUGUUUAGGUGUUAAAAGGUUUGAGAAAAGCAAUAGAUUGCAGUUUUUAGUCAGGCUGCAGUGUUACAUGGUUGACAAAAAUCCUCAAGUGUUAAUAAUUUUAUUUGAUCACCUGCUUUUGACUGUGACAAAUGCACACAUAAAUACACAAGGGAUGAAGUGAUAGCAAAUUCACGCUGCUCUCCAGAGGACGGAGACAAUGUGCACUUGCCCUCAGAAAACACAAACAGCAUGCAUAAUUGCUCACCAGCUGACAAUGCAGCCAUUCAUUGUUUCAGGCGAGAUACACACACACACACACACACACACACACACACACACACACACACACACACACACGUAUGCACGCACACAUUCGCAAAAGCAAGCUGGAUUCCAGAGCCUCCUCCUGAGAAUCUGAGCAGAUAGUUUUGGAUAGUGCCAUGUGGGAGGGCCCAGCUGGUGGCUGCAUGAUGAAAAAGAGCCGUCAUGUGAUGUAACCACAGAAAGCAAAAAUCAGACUGUGAUGUAAUGAGGUUGAGACCAAAUUGUCCUAUCAGUGAACAUGUUUCAUGCUGGUUUAGUCCGUCAUUAACUCUGUUAUGCCAUUCAUAAACCUUGAAAGUCUCUGUAUGUGUGCGUACUUGCGUGUGUGUGUGUGUGUGUGUGUGUGUGUGUGUGUGUGUGUUCAUUAUUAUGCAUGUGUGUGCUAAUGUUCAUCCCACAGCCAUAUUUGAACUGUUUGUAUGCUCUUUGUUGCACAACCCUCUUAGAAUGCCUUCUGUAUUGUGUUGCAUGGAAGAAAACAGUGUAUGAAGGUGUGUGGAUACACAGGUGUGUAAGUGUGUGUGUGUGUGAGAGAGAGUUGUAUGUGUUGACAGUGUAUGACACUGAAGAAGCUUUGAGGGUGCUUUUUGAUUCAUUGAUUUGUAAAUAUGUUUUCAUAAGGUUUUUGAUAAUGUAUUAUACAAUUAUGUAAAAGAGAAGAUGUACAUAAGAUUUUAGAUAAAGUGUUGACAGGUAUAUUAAUUUAUUUGUAUAAACGAAGAGCACUGCAUUCCCUGAUUGUAAGAAAUCUGAAUUAUCCACCAAAAUGGUUUGUGUUGUUUCUUGCUGUGCAUCAUUAAGCAUUCUUUUUUGUGUGCAACUCUUUUUUUCUGUGUGAGCCCACGUAAAACAUGGUGUCCCCUUUCUGAAAAAAUCCCACAUCUUUCACGCUUCCCAACCUUGGUGUUAAUGGGACGAUUGAUUUUUGUUUAUUUGUGCCUUUUUUGUUUACUUUUUGAUUUCCCCCUCGUAUUUUUCAUCAAAAGGACAGGGAUCAGCCAACUACUGUACAUGCAAAGAUGAACGGCAUUAAGACCAAACUGGUUCCACUUUUUGAUUUUCUGUAAUGGAUUACUUUUGAAUAUCUCUAUAUAUUGAUAUAUAAAAUCUGACUGAAAAAUUC